CCAUUUCUCCAACGGUCAAAUUUUAUUUCUCCAAUUCCCAAAACCAACACAUUCUCUGCACCAACGCAUCACUUUACUCUCUCCGCUCCUUCUAAUCUUAAGACUCAAUAAUCAACAACCAGAAGAAAAAAAAACUCAGAAAAUUCAAAAUGGGUAUUACAAAGCUGAAAUUAGUCGAAUUAUCACCAUCUUCAGAUGCUGAUUCCCCAAUCAGAGCAGUAUUUUGCCUGAAAAACAAGUUAAUCGAUAUGAAGAAGAUUGAAGAACUUGAAGAUUGCUUCAUUUUGGAUUUUGAUCCUUCUCAGCCCGCCGAUUUUUCCAACAUCUCUCUCUCCAAAGAUUCAGAUCUUUGCGACGAUAAAGACGUCUCUAUUCUUGCUGAAAACGGCCAGGUUGCUUGUAGAGAUUACCCACACUCAAGACAUCUCUGUGUGAAAUUCCCGUUUGAGAAAACUCCUCACGAAUCACAUUGUGAUAUGUGCUUUUGCUAUGUGUGUGAUAUGGCAGCGCCUUGCAAAGAAUGGACAAAAGGGUUGAAGCAUUGUGAUGCUACUGAAGACGGUGAUCAAAUUUGGAGGUUGCUAAGGGCUAAAAAAGUCAAGGCCCAACCUUAAUUUAAUUGAAAAUGCUAAAUCUUUUGGUUAAAUUUUGUAAGAUUGAGGGAUUUAAAGUCAAAUUCAUGCUCAGAGUUGGCUAUUAUGGUAGAAGAAGUUAGGAGUUAGGGAUGCAUUUUGUCCAACGGAUAUGAAACUAGUACUCGAAACUUAAUUGUAAUGCUAAUAUGCUAUGGUAAGAUGAACUUCGUAUA